UUAGUUACAUUAGUGUAAGCAAAGCUUCUUUAAGUAUAAAUUACACACAGAACAAGAUGGUGUUUUUGUGUAGUGCUUUUUUCUUUGUGACUUAUCUACUUACACAGGCUGAUGCAAGAACUGGUAGUCGCAUUAUAGGAGGGAAUAAUGCAUAUGCAGGACAAUUUCCUCACGCAGCAGCAAUCACUGUCCAAACUAGCAACAGCAGAAUUUUUUGUGGUGGUACCCUUAUUAACAAUGAAUGGGUUUUAACAGCCGGACAGUGUGUCGAUGGAGCCACACUUUUUACAAUCCAGCUUGGAAGUAACAAUCUAAAUACAGACGAUCCCAACAGAGUCACAGUCGCUUCCUCUGAAUAUUUCUUGCAUCCUGACUACAAUCCGAGUACUUUGGAAAACGAUAUCGGGUUAAUUAAACUCCGUCUGCCUGUUGAAUAUACUAGUUACUUAAACAAAGUCCAUUUCCUCGGUGAUCACUACGUGGUACCAAGCACUACGGCCGUAGUAAUUGGUUGGGGACAAACCAGCGAUGACGAUCCUGAGUUUAGUAACGACUUGAAGUGGGUUACAGUGGCGGCCUUGUCCAAUGAGGAAUGUCGGUUAACCUAUGGUAAUCAAAUUACCGAUAGCACGCUUUGUGUUGAAGGAAAUUACAACGAAGGGUCUUGCUAUGGUGACACUGGUAGUGGGUUGUUUCAGAGUGUUGGUCCUGGUUACAUGAUGCACUCAGGUGUUGCGAGUUUUAUCAGUGGGAACGGAUGCGAAAGUACGGAUCCUUCUGGUUAUGUAAGAACUGCAGCUUACAGAGCCUGGAUUAAAAAUAUUACAGGAGUGUAAUUUUGUAAUGUACAACAUUAAAGUUUUGAUUUGGUGGAA